AUGACGCUCAACGCCUCGAGCGUGGCCAAGUGCCGCCAGUGGCGUAAUGAGCUAGCUAUGGCUAACCCGGAUCCGACUCCGGUGUACGAUAUGUUCAAAGACAUACCGCCGCAGCCGACCUAUCCGACACAUGUUUACACUACCACCAUCUGCUGCGAGAAGGAGAACUGUGACAAGGCGAAGUUGGAAUCCAUGCCAGAGCACUUCUUCCGAGAUCCCGCUACCCCGUAUGGCGUGGCUCCUGAGUGCUAUGAUAAUGGCAAGGGCGAACCAGCUGCUCCUCCCCCGGACCCGUACAUCCAGGCCUAUUGCCCCUGCCUGAUCAACAGAGGCCAGCUGGUGACCAUCUGCUGCGUCCGCCGUGACUGCGACGACUCCACCAAGAUCCCGGGCGUCGGCCGCGAGCGCACCCGCAGCCCCAAGUCGUACAAUAACAACAACCACAACAACAGCGGCAACAACUACAAAUACUAA